UCAUACUUCAACUUAAAUACAUCAAUAUUUAACGAGUCCUGCGACGGAAGACAUAUCGACGUGAAGUUAAAAAAGAGAUGAGGCAUGGUGUGACAGCAAGGUCUAGAGGCUGAGACAUGGAGCCGAGCUGGCUGAUCCUCGCCACAGCCCUCGUGGCUGUAUUCGCGCAAAACAAUAGAAAUGAUGGGCCCCGGUUCCUGUCCCGGGGGCAUUCUUUCAGAACGGUGGUAGGGGACACGCUGUUAUUACCUUGUCAAGUACAGAAUUUAGGGUCACUAGUGCUGCUAUGGAGGCGAGGUCCAGCAGUACUGACCGCUGCGAGCCUCAUGGUGACGAGAGACGAACGAUUCCGCCUGGUGGAUGGAUAUAACCUUCAAAUUACAGACGUUGGUCCACAGGACGCUGGGGACUACGUGUGCCAGAUAUCCGACCGCGUGGCACGUGACCAAGUGCACACGGUGGAGGUUCUAGUGCCACCAAGCGUUCGAGCCUCACCCGAGUCGAGGCAUGCGGCCGCCAGACGAGGUGGAGCAGCAGUCCUCGAAUGCCGAGCAUCAGGGAACCCAGUACCGUCGGUGACAUGGCAUAAGUUGAACGAGACAAGUACUCGUUUGGGGGAGGGUGCCCAGCUUCAGCUGUCAAGGUUGGAACGUCAGCAUAGCGGGAAGUACGCCUGCACCGUGGACAAUGGCGUUGGACCGCCAAUAGUCACGGAGUUCCAGCUUCAAGUGCUAUAUCCUCCAGAGAUCACAGUGGAACGAUCGUGGGUUCACACUGGGGAAGGAUACCGCGCUGAGCUGCUCUGCACCGUCCUUGCCGACCCACCAGCUGAGGUUCUCUGGUACCAGAACUCGUUCCCGCUGUCUGCAUCGGAACGCGUGACGAUGUCAGUGCGAGGUAACAACCACACCCUGCUCAUUGCCAACGUGCAACCUGAAGACUUCGGAAAUUUCACAUGCGUAGCCGACAACAGCCUUGGCAGAGCUCGUCAACACGUCGAAGUAUCGGGGAGACCUGGAGCAGCUCGCUUUACAUCUCCUCCUCUAGCCAGAUCCAGAACGUCGUAUACGUUAUCCUUCUCCGUUGACAGCUACCCACCACUUGACGAACUGAGACUACUCUACAGACAACUCGCGAUAAACGAAUCAUUUCAACAACCUGGUCGUUGGCACGACGUUGUCAUCCCCGCUCCCGAACCAGCGGGCUCCUUGACGCACAGGGUGACACACGAGCUUCGAGGACUAGAGCCGGGAGCGGUGUACGAAGCGAUUGUCCAAGCGAAGAAUAGAUACGGAUGGAAUGAAGUCAGCGAUAUUUUCCAAUUUCAUACACUGGGCGGAUCACACUCAGUACACGCGGACGAACUGUCGCCGAUGUUCUCAUCAGCGGUCACCCAUCGAAUGACAAUGUUUACCGUCGCCAUCGCCUUUUAUAUCCUGCUCGGAUGAUUGGGGAUUCACCGCAGCUGUCAUUUCGAAUUUUGACGUUCCAAUUUUAACACCAAUCUAUUUUCCAUUUGAUUGACGGAGAAAACCAAAGUUUAUUGUGAUAAUUAUUUUGUUUAUAUAUAUAUUUUUUUUAUUUGUAAUAUAUAGUUUAUAGAGGCCGGUGGUAGUUUAUGACAGAACUUUGUCAUAGAAAUACUCAUGAUCAUGAAAUGUCAUAAACGGCAUUAUUAUAACGAAUGCCCGUCAUAUAUCGCAUUAAUAAGUGAAAGAUCAUUUAUUUUAAGGAUUGUCCCAAAUUUUUUAUAAACGAUUUCAAAAAUAAGUAAUAAUAUUAAUUCGAGAAUGGUCUGUCUAGUUGUAAAUUAAAUGUAUAGA